GAUCUUUGCUUCUCACAAAGGAAGUGAAAAAUGUGUUUUUCAGUCAGUCGACGGUCAGACAGGAUGCUGGUAACACCGCUCUGCCUGAUGCUGACCUGCCUUCAGGUCAGCCCUGACCGGUCCCAGUUCUUCCGGUACGACUCCAUCUCCCUGAACUGCGAGGAUCCGAUCAACACCACCGGCUGGAAGGUGAAGAGGAGAACUUCAGACAGCGGGGUCAGGCCAUGCUACUCCGGCUGGGGCUACUCCUCCGCGGCGUCCAGCUGCACCAUCGGUAACACCUACCCCACGGACACCGGGGUGUACUGGUGCGAGUCGGACACAGGGGAGCGAAGCAAUGAGGUCAACAUCACCAUAACCGAUCGCGCAGUGAUUCUGGAGAGUCCUGCCAUGCCGGUGUCAGAAGGAGCUGAUGUGGUUCUGUACUGUAAAGCUGAGACCAACUCCUCCAAACACAAAUACAACUUCUUCAAAGAUGGCCGCCUCCUCAGGAGCAACUGCUCAGGAGAGAUGACCAUUCUCGGCGCUUCCGAAUCCGAUGAGGGUCUCUACACCUGCAGCGCCGCAGGGCUUGGAGAAUCAGAAGGCAGCUGGCUGACCGUUUUCAGUGACGGAAACAAUCAACACGUCCAGCUCACAUCUCUGUCACCAACAUCUUCGGCUUUGCCCACAGCCUCAGUUUCAUUUCCUGGUUCCAGACUGUUGUGUCACCUGAUUGUGGGAAUACCUUACCUGGUGUCCACCAUCCUACUGGGACUCAUAUACAGAGACAGGAGGAGAGCUACUGAGAUAGUUGCAGACCAAAGGAAAAAUCUUGAUGUUAUCAUGGAAAGGAUUGUGUGAGUAAUCUCCAGAAGCCGCUGACCUCAGAGAAGAUGAUGUGUGUCCGACCACAUCAGCUCACAGAAACGUUUCCAGCAUCCAGAAAAAUAAAUUCAGAUUUCUUUGGUGCUCAAGUAGAUAUAUUUGUUUUAUGAGCAAAUUUCAACAGGAGAGGAAGGUUUUGUUUUGAAAUCUAGAGUUUUGUUUUACAGUGAAGCAGAUUCAAGAUGCAUAAGUGGUGACUGUGAAGAGGAAGUGGAAAUGUCACUCAUGUUUGCUUUAUAAAGGUGUUUGUGGUUUUGGCUGCAAAGUCGCUGUCAUCAA